CGGGGCCACUGACCCACAAAUAAGAGACUCAGUCAAAUCCAUUUUGCCACAUGCCCGUCAGCGCUGUGUGCGUCUUAGCGCUCCCCAGGGCCGAUCCCCCUGAACCUCCAUCGGGCUCAGGGUUCUUAUAGAGCUUAUAGAGUGGACAGGCCUCCUCUCGGUUUGGCUCAUAACGCAGUACGAAAUGUUGGAAUCUAGCCUGCAGACGCUCUGAUGGAGUUUACUACUGAACUAAAACAACUGCUGGUUUAGCAGCCAGAGAGAGGAGCAACCUGUCUGAGAAGGUACCAGUUAUGUCAAAUUCAGUGGGUGGUCUCUCGGAAGGAGCAGUGUACGGAUCCCGGAUUGGGAUGACGGACGACUCCCUCGCCCUCGUGGAGCGAAACAGAGGCUCCGCGGAUCUCUGGGACCUUGGGGAGACCAAACCGAGCGGGGAGUCCCUGGAGCGGGGCGUGCCGGGCCUCUACCUGUCCUGCUUCGACAUGCUCCUCACCGAAGACGCCACCUGGCUGGUGAAAGUUUCAGAGGCCUCCCCUUCGCCGGCCGUGCCCAUGACUCGCAUGGCGUCGCAGGUGGAACCGGAGCAGUGCCCCGUGAUUGACAGCCAGGAGCAGGGACUUUCUCCCGCGCUGGAGGGGCAGGAGGAGGAGCAGUCUCUGGAGCAGGUGCAGAGCAUGGUGGUGGGAGAGGUGCUGAAGGACAUUGAAACCGCCUGCAAACUGCUCAACAUCACGCCAGACCCCGUAGAGUGGAACACGGGGAACGUCCAGAAGUGGCUGCUGUGGACUGAACAUCUGUACAGGUUACCCCACGUGGGAAAGGCCUUCCAGGACCUGACCGGAAAGGACCUGUGCGCCAUGUGCGAGGAGGAGUUCCGCCAGCGCUCGCCGCAGUGCGGAGACACGUUGCACGCGCACCUGGACAUAUGGAAGUCGACUGCCUGGAUGAAAGAAAGGUGUUCAGUUGGAGAGACCAAAACUACAGGCAGCGAAGAUCUUUGGUCCGAGGCAGAUUCGUCUUGUUCCGGUCAGCCCAUUCAUCUUUGGCAGUUUCUCAGGGAGCUCCUGCGUAAACCUCACACCUACGGACGCUGCAUUCGCUGGCUCAAUAAAGAAAAAGGUAUUUUUAAAAUCGAAGACUCGGCUCACGUCGCGAGACUUUGGGGCCUCCGGAAGAACCGUCCCGCCAUGAACUACGACAAGCUGAGCCGCUCCAUCCGCCAGUACUACAAGAAGGGCAUCAUCCGCAAGCCCGACGUGUCCCAGAGACUGGUGUACCAGUUCGUCCACCCGGUGUGAGGCCGCGGCUCAGUGGGCGGGACAAGAAAACGAAAAACCAAAAACAGAAAGCCACACCCUGAUCCGGAGAUGAAAGGGUGCCGGGCAAGGGCGCGCACGGGCACCCGUCGGGGCACGCGCGUCACGGGACUCACCUGAGCCGAGAAUGAACGGCGGAAUGAAACACCCACAAUUUAAAGAGGACCCCCCCCCCCCAAUACUGCCUUCUGCACAAUCUGCCUGUUUAUUUUGAGCCCCAUGAUGUGGUGAUAAGUCAUCCUCAUCACAGCCAACAGACCAGAUCGCCCUCGCGCGCAUGGCGUCGGGAAAAUACGCUCGUGGAGGCAUUUUCUUUGUCUUUUUGUCUCUCACACCUCGACUGACGUCUCUGUUUGAAUUGGUGCCAGUUUUCCGCAACAGUUGGUUGGGAACGUUUUGCUUCUUUUGGGGGGGUUUGGUCCUGGCUGUGCUGUACACACAUGCUGUAUUGCAUUUUAUGAGUCAGUCACCUUUUUGCAUCUGGAUCCGAUAUUGACAAACUAUUAUCAAAAAGUCCUUGCCACACAUAGUUUGGUUUUGUUUCAUGGUGUAAUAGGGAGGGAUGCAUUUUAUUAAUAUUCUUUCACUGCUGAGGAGGCCGGCUUUAUAUUCCAUGCUGUAAGCUUUGUAUUUUAUGAUGUGGAGGUUUCAUUUCAAAGGCCCCAAACGUUCAGUAAAAUAAAGUAUAAUGAAUAAACAUGAAUUAAUACAUCAUAUCGAUGAAUAAAACCAACAUGAUAAAACCGUGUUGUAUUUAAUGUCCUUUUAGUCAGUCGCACCAGAUAAACAUCUGUAAUAACAAUCAACGCGGAGGCCGAUAUGAGACUCCUCGGGUCACAACAGAAGUCAGACUCUCUUUAGAAGUUUCUGAGAAAACGACUUCUGUCUUGAUUCAUACGUCUUAAACACAAGUUAAACCAACAGUGUUGAGCCUUAGUCAACACAGCACGGCGUUCUUUUAGUAAAUGAUGCUCCCUAAAGCAGCGAAUGCAGGUGUGGCUACCUCGUGAUUGACGGGUCGCUGCCGAGGCUUUGUUCCGUUCUCAAGUCCUUGUUUGUGUCAUCGAUCUCUACCGUGUUUUAGUGUGAUUUAAGUUGAUGAAAGAUAAUUGCAAUAUUUUGGUUGGCUAAAAAAGGUCUGCCUCAGUUCUAUUUAGCUUCACUUUCUCUUCAGAACCAUAUUCCACCAACCGAUGGGUUACUUUGCUUCUAUACAGACGUUCAUGGUCCUCAGAGGAUGAAUUGGAAGCUAUUUAGUGGUUCAUAUCCCCAUCCUCAGGUCUAAAGCCUCCGCUGUACUAUAUAAUACUUAUCUAAUAUUUCAACUGAGCUCAAAAUUGUACUUUUUUCAUUUGAAAUUACAUUUAACAUAAUUUCAUUUUCAAAAUAGUCCUUUCCGUAACUGUUUGGAUUUAAUAACAUUUAAUGAGAGUUUUAUUUUAUGUUACUUGUCAUCAAACUGUUUGCCUCGACCGACAAUCCAAAACCUGAUUAAAAGAAGAAUUAUUUAACAAAUUGCUCAUUGGCAAAGACACAUCUGUAUUAAGAACAGAGUUGAAAAAAAAUGUUUUUGAAAAAGAUGACUUGAUUGCAAUAAAAAAUACCUUCAAUUCAA